AUGGCACUGGGGACAGGAGGCUGGGGCCUCUGGCUGCUCCCUGUGGUCGCCGUCCUGACGCUGCUCAUGAGGCCCCCUGGUGAGGACCCCCCCAAACCCCCUACCCAGUAUCCCCCAGGCAUCCCACCCAAGCCCUGUCAGACCCUGUACUGGGGCCCCCCCCAGGAACCUCCCAGGUACCUGAAGAACCCACGCACGGGCCCCCGCCUACUUAGCCCCCGAUGGCUGCCCCUCUCUGGGCCUCCACUGGGGAUGGGGGAGGGGGCCAGCUGGGGUCUUGGCCAGGCCCAGGUUCUGCAGGGCUCCUGGGGGGCCCGCAUCAUUGGGGGCCAUGAGGUGACCCCCCACUCCUGGCCCUACAUGGCAUCUGUGAGCUUCGAGGGCCAGCACCACUGCGGGGGCUUCCUGCUGCGAGCCCGCUGGGUGGUCUCUGCCGCCCACUGCUUCAGGGACAGAGACCCCCGCACGGGCCUGGUGGUGCUGGGGGCUCACACCCUGCAUACCUCAGAGCCCACGCGACAGGUGUUUAGCAUCGUGGCUGUCGUCACACACCCCAACUACCAGCCCAUGACCCACGCCAAUGAUAUCUGUCUGCUGCGGCUGAAUGGCUCUGCUGUCCUGGGUCCUGCCGUGGGGCUGCUGAGGCUUCCUCGGAGAAAUGCUAGGCCACCCAUGGCUGGGGCACGGUGCCAGGUGGCCGGCUGGGGCUUCAUGUCCAACUUUGAGGACCUGCCACCUGGGCUGAUGGAGGCUGAGGUCCGAGUGCUGGGCCUGGACACCUGCAACAGCUCCUGGAGGGGCCAGCUGAGCCCUGCCAUGCUGUGCACCCACAGUGGCGACCGCUGGAGGCAUGGCUUCUGCUCGGGGGACUCCGGGGGGCCCUUGGUGUGCAGGAGCAGGGCCCAUGGCCUUGUCUCCUUCUCCGGCCUCUGGUGUGGCGACCCCAAGACCCCCGAUGUGUACACACAGGUGUCUGCAUUUGUGGCCUGGAUCUGGGACGUGGUUCGGCGGGGCAGCCCACAGCCUGGCCCCCCACCCAGGACCACUGGGCCCUCCACAAGAGCUGCCUGA